CACUUGGCUGACAGACCGGAUGGUUGUGGGUGACUACGGCGGCGGUGGCUCUGGAGUGUGGCUGCCAGAUGUUGCGUAAACAGCGAAAAGAACCGAGGUAAUUGUAAAAACAUUUCGUGAAGAUUCGCUGGUGUGAAGAUGUUGCUGUGGCUGCUUGGAGCCGCGCUGCUGGGUCUCGCGAGCGGCUUCUACCUCCCGGGUCUCGCGCCAGUCAGCUUCUGUGAACCUGGGAAAGACGAAGUACCAGACUGUAGGUCGACCAUUGAGUUGUUUGUGAACCGACUUGAUUCAGUGGAGUCUGUUCUGCCAUAUGAGUACACUGCGUUUGACUUCUGCUUUGAGAACACAAGGAAACGGCCAUCAGAAAAUUUAGGCCAAGUUCUUUUCGGAGAGAGGAUUGAACCCUCACCAUACGAGUUUCAGUUUAAGAAAGCAGCAGUGUGUAAGAAGGUGUGCACUAAGGCCUAUGACACCAACAUCUCAUCUGACAAAAACAAACUGGACUUCCUCAAGAAAGGCAUGUUGCUCAACUACCAGCAUCACUGGAUUGUAGACAACAUGCCGGUCACCUGGUGUUACGAUGUUGAAGAUGGACAGAAAUUCUGCAAUCCUGGCUUCCCUAUUGGCUGCUAUGUCACAGAGGGGGGUCGAGCGAAAGAUGCCUGUGUGGUCAAUUCCAACUUCAAUGAAAAGGAUGCAUUCUACAUCUUUAAUCACGUGGACAUCACUAUUCAUUACCAUGUUAUUGAAAAUGAACAGCUCGGGGCACGUCUGGUCGCUGCCAAGAUUGAACCCAAAAGCUAUGCAAACUCUGACGAUGAAAGUCCUGAUUGUUCUGGAGGGCCAAAGUUCCUGAAAAGCAAACACAGUGGAAUCUUCAAAAUAUCCUACACCUAUUCUGUUAACUUUGUGGAGGACAAGAAGAUUCGCUGGGCAUCUCGAUGGGAUUACAUUUUAGAGUCCAUGCCUCACACUAAUAUCCAGUGGUUCAGUAUAAUGAACUCAUUGGUGAUUGUACUGUUCCUGUCUGGAAUGGUAGCCAUGAUCAUGCUGAGGACUCUGCAUAAGGACAUCGCUAGAUACAAUCAAAUGGAUUCUGUGGAGGAUGCUCAGGAGGAGUUUGGAUGGAAACUGGUCCAUGGAGAUGUUUUCCGACCUCCCAGGAAAGGCAUGCUUCUGUCUGUUUUCCUUGGAUCUGGAACCCAGAUCUUCAUCAUGACCUUUGUAACCCUCUUUUUUGCCUGUCUUGGCUUCCUCUCUCCUGCAAAUCGUGGGGCUCUGAUGACCUGCGCUGUCGUUCUCUGGGUUUUGCUGGGAACUCCUGCUGGCUAUGUGGCAGCUCGCCUCUACAAAUCGUUUGGAGGGGAGAAGUGGAAAACCAAUGUUCUCCUGACAUCCUUCCUCUGUCCUGGUGUGGUGUUUGCCGAUUUCUUUGUGAUGAACUUGAUCCUUUGGGGUGAAGGCUCUUCAGCAGCCAUGCCAUUUGGGACUCUGGUAGCCAUACUGGCUCUGUGGUUCUGUAUUUCAGUGCCACUUACCUUCAUAGGAGCAUAUUUUGGCUUUAAGAGGGCUGGUAUCGAGCAUCCAGUUCGGACAAAUCAAAUUCCUCGGCAAAUCCCAGAGCAGUCCUUCUACACAAAGCCCCUCCCUGGAAUUGUCAUGGGGGGAAUUCUACCCUUUGGGUGUAUAUUCAUUCAGCUGUUCUUCAUACUGAACUCUAUCUGGUCCCAUCAGAUGUACUAUAUGUUUGGCUUCCUUUUCCUCGUCUUUAUUAUCUUGGUCAUCACCUGCUCUGAGGCUACCAUCUUGCUCUGCUACUUCCACUUAUGUGCUGAGGACUACCAUUGGCAGUGGCGUUCCUUCCUGACCAGCGGUUUCACUGCCGUCUAUUUCCUGGUCUAUGCUAUUCACUACUUCUUCUCCAAGCUUCAAAUCACUGGACUGGCCAGUACAAUCCUGUAUUUCGGAUACACCAUGAUCAUGGCUCUCAUCUUUUUCUUAUUCACUGGUACUAUUGGCUUCUUUGCUUGUUUCUGGUUUGUCACCAAGAUCUACAGUGUGGUCAAAGUGGACUGAGGAAUACAACCCCAGAACAGACUUCGAGUGGCUACAUGAUGUUUUCUCUCAUCGACCUCUGGAUUUUUCAGUACUCUCAAAAUGAUCUGUACAUCCUUAUAAAAUCAACAACCCCCUCAGUCCGAGCAGAGUGGAUGCUUCAUCUGACACAGAUGACCGGUUGAUAACGGCUGAACUACUGGUGUGUGAGCAUGUGUACUCUGGCUUCUACUUUUGUACUUCAGGCAUCUUACUGCAUAUAAUCUGAAUGAUAUCAGUUUGUAACAAUGAGCCUCUUACCAGAUCUGAUGCAGACACAGAUACAAUGGGUGUCAGCUCAUCUGUGAGACAUUUGAGUUGUUUUAUGAUCCUGGACAGCUCGGUUUGGAGAUAAAGUUAUAAAUUGCAGUCAGACAAAUGGAGCUACAAGUAUCUGCUUCUCAACAGCUACUUUCUUUAACCAGUUAUGUGAAAAUUUGGCAUUUGACUUGUGAAAUUAGUUCUUUUGUCAGUAUUCUAUAUCAUGUUGUACUGCACAUAUCUAGAGAGGCUUUAUUUGUCCUGUUUUCUUGAGUACAAGCUGUUUCAUUAUUUGUUAGAAAAGGGGACAUUUGAACCCUGAAUAUUUCCAAAUGGGUAAAAAACAAGUUAAAACUGAAAUGGAACUCAACUUAAAGGUCGUAGUUUGGUUUGUGAACCUCCCCAUCCCUAAAACAUUUUAGAAGAGCUUCAGCAAGAGGUAGUGGGAUGUUACUGAUGUGUUUUCCGUUGAAGGGAGGUCCAGGUUCAGUCACCCAGAGGAAAAACUGAUGCUCAGAGCUGCGAUGAUCAGACCAUCACACCUACGCCCAUAGUGGGGGUCGGAAUGCAGCAAAGUGGACAGGGUUUUUUUUUUUUCUUUUGUUGGAACAGACUUAGUCCUGGGGUCUAAGCUCUUGUUACAUGUUGGACAAAUCAUAGACUGUAUGUAAACAGGGACGCCACAUCAUUUCCUUCCACUGUGACAAAAUAAAGCUAGAUUCGUGUAUACUCUGUAGCAGAGACGGGACCAUGACAUCCGCCCUCCUACAUGGUAGGUAUGUGGGCAGAUUCCUGAAACAUGAUUGGUCAUCAGUUGUUAAUCCCCUGUUUUUAUAAAUAAAUAAUAAUAAUUGUACCACAAAUCAGUUAUAUGAAAUCCUCCUAAACAGACUGAAAAUCACAUUUGAGAAACUUUUAUUGGGCUUUUACUGUACAGUUGUAGUAUUUGCACAAGUCAAUAUAACAGAAUAGCAUCAAAGAGGUGGGUUUAUGACUCAAAGCCAAUCAGGGGAGAGCAACAUGUUCUGCUUCACUUUUAGAGGGCGUCCAAACGUCUGUGGUACAAAGGAGUUCAGUAUUCCUCUGUCAGCAAUGAAAGGGUGGGAAAUGGCAAAAAUGGGCCUAUUCAGUGUAACUGCAUACUCAAACCAACAUGGCAGAUGUCCAGUUGGGUUCAGCUGAGCUUUUUUGUGCUUCUCAACCUGAUACAUGUAUCUGAAAUAUGAAGUCAGAGCUGAAUUUAAAAAAAUAAUAAUAAUAACUACAUUUCCAAGACCUAUAAGAUGCAACAUCUUUCUCAGUUUUGAUGUAUGCAGGUUUUCACAAGUGUUUAAGGGUGUUUCGCCCUCAAAAAUGCACUUUAAUCAAGGAAAGUGAUAAUCAUCAGUUUCAGCUGGGCCUUCACAUUGACUGUUGCCUGAGCCCUGGUAAAACUUUUACACUAAUCUUAGAAAUCUUGUGUUUGAUGGAAUUCUCCAACUUCAUUCCAAACCUUGCAGCCUCUAUAUGAUCAUGCAUCAGAGCAGCCGGGCCCAUUUUUGUGGGCGUUGAGAUGUGUGUAUGGUGCCUCAGUUGUCCCAAAGCAGAAAAUAAAAGUUGUAUAUUUGUUGAAAGCAAACCAAAUAUAUAUAGAAGUGAGGAAGUCUUCAUAUGACUGAAGUAGAAGACACCUGAUACAUAUUGAAUAUCUGUAGAAAAUCCCUGACUUUUACUGAAAGAAGAAAGAAAAUGUUUAAUACAAAGCCACACAGAGCAUCACAUGCUCAAGUCAGACACGAGACAGCAUUUUCAGUCUGUAAACAUGUUUUUAACCACCUGAGUCACUCUGAUCUGAGGAUGUAAAGUUUCCAUGACAGAUUCAUGUUCUGUAAUGGACUCUAUCACCUGCUCAUCUGAUCUGUUACAACAAAAACCUGUCAUCAGCUGUCCACAAAUGUUUCAGCAGUGAGAUGAGUUUUGUUUUCACAAGCUUUGCUGCUUCUGUAUUUUCGUUUUUAAUUUCCAUAUUUCGAAGGUGGAUUGAAGAACAGUUCUAUAUUUUAUUAGUUUAAGAGUUUUAUCUGCAAAUAAAUUACAUUUUGCAGUCAAUUUGUGUCACUGCUAAAACUUUUUGAGUGAUUGCUCAUUACUGUCAGCCUCUUUUUCUUGGUUUGCACUUGGUUCAAGUGUUCUGUGAAAUGGAAUCAGAUUUGUUAAGUGGCUCUGUGAAGCGGCCUAUUUAACAAAGGCUUCUUUGACCUUGUAAACUUUACUGAAGAAAUGUUUUUGUAAAUAACACAUUUUCUAAUAUAAAAAAGUGGUGUAGUGACUGAACAAAUGAGAAAGCUGUGAAUGAAUGAAGCCUUUUCCGUCACCAGAGAAACAUUCUUCUAAUGCUCCUUUGUUAAUGCUAUGGUUUAAUGUGGGUUUUGGUUGUAUUAAGCAUGUUUGUUUGAUAAUUAAACUGGAUUUUUUUCCUGUAA